GCGCUCGAGCAGUCACUGGCCGGAAAGAGGGGGUGCGAGGCGGAGGAGGGGCGGCCUGUCGAUUUCCUAGGCUCGUGCCUCGGAGGCGCGGCCUGUGCGCGGAGGUGGCCUGUGCUGCGGAGGUCACCGAGGAUGUGACCGGCGGGACCCGCGGCGGCUCGCGGACGAUGCCGGACCUCCUGGGCGCGACGAUCCUGGUGCUGGUCGCUGGGGCGCCGUGGGUGUGGCCCUCAGCUGCAGGUGGAAAACAUCUAACAUCUCCUCAAGAUGUAGAAGUUGACAUCGUAGAUGACACCUAUGUCCUGAAGUGGAACUGGAGCAGUGAGUCUGUCAGGAAUGUGACUUUUUCAGCAGAGUAUCAAAUAUCUAGGACGGAUAAUUGGAUAGAAUUGCCUGGGUGUCAAUAUAUUACUAGUACUGAAUGCAACUUUUCUUCACUAAAGCUGAAAGAUAUUUAUGAAGAAAUUAAAUUGCGUAUAAGAGCAGAAAAAGGAAACAACACUUCUUCAUGGUAUGAGGUUGACUCAUUUAUACCAUUUCAAAAAGCUCAAAUUGGUCCUCCAGACGUACGUUUAGAAGCUGAAGAUAAGGCCAUAAUAGUAAACAUCUCUCCUCCUGGAACAGUUGAUAGUACCAUGUGGGGUUUGGAUAUUUCAAGCUUUGUCUAUAGCUUAGUUUUCUGGAACAACUCAAGUGGAGAAAGCAGGACUGAAGAUAUUUAUCCCGGAAGUAAAAUUCAUAAACUCUCACCAGAGACUACUUAUUGUUUAAAAGUUAGAGCAAGCCUACUUUUGCUGCCAGUUAAAGUUGGUGUCUAUAGUCAAGUAUAUUGUAUAAAUACCACAGCUGAAGAUAAACUGCCUCGACCAGAAAAUCUUAAAGUCGACGUUCAAAAUGAGAGCUAUGUUCUUAAGUGGGAUUAUCCAUAUGCAAACAUGACCUUUCAAGUUCAAUGGCUCCAUGCCUUUACAAAAAAGAAUCCCAGGAACCAUUUACGUAAAUGGAAACAAAUACCUGACUGUGAAAAUGUCAAAACAACCCACUGUGUCUUUCUUCAAAGUACUUUCCCAAAAGGAACUUACUUUCUCCGUGUACAAGCAUCUAAUGGAAAUAAUACAACUCUUUGGUCUGAAGAGAAAAGACUUGAUGCUGAAGAACAAACUAUCGUACUUCCUCCAGUCAUUAACAUGAAGCCUAUUAGUGAUUCACUGCGUGUCUAUAUCGGUUCUCCAAAACAACCAAAAAACAAGCAUGUGAACCAGUAUUACCCACUAAUUUAUGAAAUUCGUUUUUGGGAAAACACUUCAAAUACUGAGAGAAAAUUUGAAGAAGAAACUGAUUUUAUUAUUCCUAACCUGAAACCUCUGACUGUGUAUUGCAUCAGAGCCAGAGCACAGCUUAUAGAUGUCAAGUGGAACAGCAGCAGUGUUUUUAGUGAGACGGUGUGCACGAAAACAAAAGCAGGAAAUGUUUCUAAAAUCUGGCUGAUAACUGUAGUUUGUUCUACAUUAUUUUCUAUCCUGGUUGUCAUUUACGUUGUGAAAGGCCUCCUGAGAUGCAUCAAUUAUGUGUUCUUUCCGUCUCUUAAAUCUUCUUCCAAUAUUGAUAAGUAUUUCACUGAACAGCCAUUAAAGAAUCUUCUGCUUUCAACAUCUGAGGAACAAACUGAAAGAUGUUUUAUAAUUGAAAAUAUAAAUACAAUUACUACAGUAGAAGAAACUUACCAAAUUGAUGAAGAUCACAAAAAAUACGAUUCCCAAACUAGUCAAGAUUCGGGAAAUUAUUCAAAUGAAGAUGAAAAUAGUGAAAGUAAAACAAGUGAAGAACUUCUACAACAGGAAUCUGUGUGACCAGAAACAAACUCUAUAAAAUGUUAGGUUGUCUUGUGGGAAUGUUUUGUAUAGUUUCCUCUCAAUAACUAUAAAGAGGAAAACAUCUACAGAUCAUAAGCCCUAAAAAUACAAGCAAGCACUUGGCUCACACCUAUAAUCCCAGCAAUUUGGGGAGCCGAGAUGAAAGGCUCACUUGAGCCCAAAAGUU